GCGGGCCACGCCCCUUGAGCCCUGAGGGACUCGCGCGGAUCUAGAGGGCGGAGUCUUCUUCGUGACCUUUCACCCCAGCAUGGCUGCGCCCUUGGGACCAGUGAAAUUCUGGAAACCCGGUACAGAGGGGCCAGGUGUCAGCAUUUCUGAAGAGAGACAGAGUGUCGCCGAGAACUCUGGGACGCCCGUCAUUUACAAUCCCUACGCUGCGCUUUCCAUAGAGCAGCAGCGGCAGAAGCUGCCUGUGUUCAAGCUUAGGAACCACAUUUUGUACUUGGUAGAAAACUAUCAGACUGUGGUGAUUGUUGGAGAAACAGGAUGUGGGAAGAGCACCCAGAUUCCACAGUACCUGGCAGAAGCUGGCUGGACAGCGGAAGGACGAGUGGUCGGAGUGACCCAGCCUCGCCGAGUAGCUGCUGUGACGGUUGCAGGCAGAGUAGCUGAUGAGAGGGGUGCAGUGCUGGGCCACGAGGUGGGCUACUGUAUCCGUUUUGAUGACUGCACCGACCCACUGGCAACGAGAAUUAAGUUUCUGACAGAUGGUAUGCUGGUCAGAGAAAUGAUGGUUGAUCCAUUGUUAACAAAAUACAGUGUUAUCAUGCUGGACGAAGCACACGAGAGGACCUUAUAUACGGACAUUGCCAUUGGCUUGCUGAAGAAGAUUCAGAAAAAGCGAGGGGAUCUGCGCUUGAUUGUGGCCUCAGCCACUCUGGAUGCAGAGAAAUUUCGAGAUUUCUUUAACCAGAAUGAGACCAGUGACCCAGCCAGAGAUACCUCUGUGACUCUCACAGUGGAAGGACGGACAUUUCCAGUGGAUAUCUUUUACCUACAAAGUCCUGUUCCAGAUUAUAUCAAGGCAACUGUGGACACUGUGGUAAAAAUUCAUCAGACAGAGGGAGAUGGAGACAUACUAGCCUUUCUUACUGGCCAGGAAGAAGUAGAAACCGUUGUGUCCAUGCUGAUUGAGCAGGCUCGGGCGCUGGCUCGCACUGGGAUGAAGAAACAUCUCCGAGUUCUCCCCAUGUAUGCAGGACUGCCUUCUUUUGAGCAGAUGAAGGUGUUUGAAAGGGUGUCACACAGCGUCAGGAAGGUGAUUGUAGCCACCAAUGUGGCAGAGACUUCCAUCACAAUCAGUGGCAUUGUGUAUGUGAUUGACUGUGGCUUUAUGAAGCUUCGAGCAUACAACCCCAGGACAGCUAUUGAGUGCUUGGUGGUGGUACCAGUGUCUCAGGCGUCAGCCAAUCAGCGGGCAGGACGUGGUGGGCGCAACCGCUCAGGAAAGUGUUACCGCCUUUAUACAGAGGAAGCCUUUGACCAGUUACCUCAGUCCACCGUCCCUGAGAUGCAGCGCAGCAAUUUGGCCCCAGUCAUCCUGCAGCUGAAAGCUCUAGGGAUCGACAAUGUCCUCAGGUUCCACUUCAUGUCUCCCCCGCCAGCACAGUCGAUGGUUCAAGCCUUGGAGCUGCUCUAUGCUCUUGGAGGUCUGGACAAAGACUGUCGCCUAACUGAGCCGCUUGGCAUGAGGAUUGCAGAGUUUCCUCUGAACCCCAUGUUUGCCAAGAUGCUGCUGGAGUCAGGGAACUUUGGCUGUUCUCAGGAGGUCCUGAGUAUCGCUGCCAUGAUGCAGAUCCAGAAUGUCUUCGUGUUCCCUUCAAACCAGAAGUCUCAGGCGACUCGAGUGCACCGGAAAUUUGCUGUGGAAGAGGGUGACCAUCUUACCAUGCUCAAUGUGUAUGAAGCGUUUAUCAAACACAACAAGAGCUCGCAGUGGUGUCAGGAGCAUUUCCUGAAUUACAAGGGUCUUGUCAGAGCCGCCACUGUGAGAGACCAGUUGAAAAAGCUCCUCGUCAAGUUCCAGGUGCCCAAGGUGUCCAGCGAAGGUGAUCCAGAUCCAGUCCUGAGGUGCAUCGUGUCGGGGUUUUUUGCAAAUGCAGCACGGUUUCACUCCACCGGAGCAUAUAGGACUAUCCGUGAUGACCACGAGCUGCACAUCCACCCUGCCUCAGUCCUCUACGCAGAGAAGCCGCCCCGCUGGGUUAUCUACAAUGAAGUUAUACAGACCUCCAAGUAUUACAUGCGAGAUGUGACCGCCAUAGAGUCUGCUUGGCUGCUGGAGCUGGCGCCCCACUUUUAUCAACAAGGAACGCACCUGUCCCUGAAGGCCAAAAGGGCCAAGGUCCAGGACCAGUGAGGAGCUCAGCAAUGGCUGCAGGGAUGCAGAGUGUGGCAUCCUUCCUUCGUGUUGUCUCUGGCACCAGCUCAGGGGGAACAGGCAGACACUCUGCUGUGGGCUGCACCCUGCUCAUUAGCCCCCCUCUGCUCCCCUCAGCAUCUGCCGUCCUCACUGGGCCCCAGGGGAGUGUGAGCAUGGCCAGCACUCUGCUGCUCUGCGAGGAGGCCAAGCAGGAGUUGCCUGGGCCAUGCUCUGGGCUCAGUUCUCACCCUCAGCAGCGGCAUGCUACUCCGGCGGGCACAGUCCUGGUCCAGCUCUGUGGUGAGGAAAGUGAGCUGCUGAAAGCUGCAGGCCUCUGCAGACAGGGCUCUCUUGGCCUCCUGUGUCUUGCCUGCUGUGGCCACAGUUGUUGGCUACUGGGGUCGACUGCUGCUAUGUGUGUAAAGUAUAAAAGGAAAUGCUGGGCAUUUCCAUCAAGAUCACCAAAGGUGUGUGAGGCACGGAGGCUUCCAAACGAAGCAGCUUCUUCCUUCCCUCUGCCCAUGUGCCUGCUUGUCUGCAGUGGGGGACUUAGUGCAGCGACGGUGGGCCACUCGGGACUCAACAGCCCCUGUCUUUGUUAGCCACUUGCUUUGCAAGUGGGCUUAGCUUUCUCUCAGAGCACGAUGCCACAUCCUGGUGCCAGUAGCUGGGCGCCAGGGAACGUUCAUCAACCUCAACCCCAUGGGGCUUCUCUUUAGCAGGAAUUCACUACAGUUUAGAUGCCCUAAACUUGUGUAGCUCAGGAACAUAACUCUUGUAUAUUUAUCUUGGUUCGUUUGCUUGCAUUCUUGCAAGAACACAGGCAGCUCCCCGGGCACUGUUCCCUCUGCACCAGGGUUGCCUUGCGGUGACAGCGAUGGCACUUCAGCACACGACAAGACCGACUCUCCCGUACUGUUUCAAUGAUGUUUAUUUUAAAACUGUAGCUUGAAAGUUUAUUUUUGUACUGGUCUUAGUUUGGAUGUGUCACUUUUGGCACCAAACCUAUGUCAUUUUUAUUUCCAUUUUAUAAAUGUAAAUAGCUGUGGUGAGUAGUUAAAUGUAGUAAAUAUUUCUACCUGAGGGACAUGUUUCUCCCGUCUAUGGAUCUGUGGUUUGUAUUUUAAUAUGGUCCAGUUACUUAUUUCAAGUGAGGCCUGACAGUGGCUAAGGUACCUGAUGCUACCUUGUGCAGCAGCUUGGGGUGGGGUGCCCAUGAUUAUGUGUCUGAACACUCUCAGACUGUAUUAGAACAAAGUGUGGGGCAGUCUUUAAAGGAAGAACUAAAGAGUUCUAAUUCUCACCA